AUGGUGAAUUCCGACCUGAGAAAGCUGACGAAGAAGGAGCGACAACUGCGGGACAUGGUGGAAUCCAUUGAGGAGUUCGUGAACGAGUAUCAGGAGGCACGCGAUAAAGGUUCUGUUCCAGCAAGACUGAAAAAGCUGGACGAGGUCUACGAUUCCUUCUGUGAUGUGCGCGCAGACAUCGAAAUACUCCUCGAGGAAUGCGACACCGAUGAUGAGGAGAGUAGAGAGGUUUCAGCAGCGGUUCGCGAACAGACCAUGGCGGCCAGGGUGAAACAACGCAGCGAACAAAAUUCCAAGACCCUGAAGACAUUCAUCCAACAAUACUUCCGACUAAAGGCAUCAUUAGAAGGUUUCAUGCACGGGCCCGGUUCAAGCAGUCAACUGAUCCCAGCACCACCGAACAACGCACCGGCGGCGGCCUCUCCUAUGCGUGUGAAGCUACCCGAAUUGAAGAUUCCGACGUUUCGGGGAUCGCUCAUGGAAUGGGUCACUUUUAGGGACACGUUCAAAACCCUAAUUGUCGACAAUCCUCACUUGACCGAUAUCGAUCGGUUCACAUACCUUCGAACUUCGUUGGCGGGAGAAGCGCUGCAGCAGAUUGCGUCGAUUGACCUCACGGCGGACAACUACUCCAUAGCGUGGCGCUCAUUGGAGUCACGCUACGAAAACAAGAAGCUUCUGGUGAAGUCCCACAUAGAUGCUCUGUUCGCAGUCAACCCGAUGAAGAAGGAGUCCUUCGAAGCGCUGAAUCACGUCAUCGGCGAGUUUGAGAAACAUCUACAGAUGCUGACGAAGCUCGGCGAAGAUACUCAACAUUGGAGUACGCUUCUGGCUCACAUGCUGGCCAGCAAGCUCGAUCCCACAACACAACGACUGUGGGAAACGGAACAUCGCUCAACAGACGUUCCCAAAUAUGACGACAUGCUGAAGUUCCUAACGAACCACAGGACAGUUUUGCGUUCGAUUUCCGGUGAAACACAAGCACCAAAGGAGCCGAAGAAAUUCUCAAAGUUUAGCAGCAGUUAUUCGGUUCAGCAGCAGUCGUGUCCAUUCUGCAGUGACGGUCAACAUUGGACGUACCAGUGCAAGCGGUUCAGGGAGAUGAGAGUCGACGAGCGGAGGAAUGCAGUGAAGGUCAACGAUUUGUGCUUCAAUUGUCUCGGUCGCGGUCACACUUCAAAGGUCUGUUCCCGAGGCGCCUGUCGUGUUUGCGGUCAACGACAUCAUUCAUUGCUGCACAUCAACAGCACUAAUGAGCAGCAGGCACCGCAAUCGAACAAGCGCUCGCAACAGUCACCACAGAACCCACAAUCGAGUCAGACAAGUUCAUUCUCACAGCACAAAAAGCCAACACAUACCAAUCCUCAGCAAUCCUCAAACCAAUCUUCCAAAAACCCCAUUCCUAUAGCCAAUCCAAGCAUGCAAACGCCACCUACUCUAGACACUCCUAACGUUGUACUCACCGCUCAAGAAGCCAAGGUGUCACGAUCGGUUCUGCUAGCAACUGCGAUCGUGAUCCUUGAAGACCCCUUUGGAAACACCAUGCAAGCUAGAGCAUUGCUUGACAGCGGCUCUCAGCUGUGCUUUAUUUCUGAACGAGCAUCGCAGCGUUUGAAAUUCAAGCGCUCUCGCGAAGCACUUUCGAUUAGUGGUAUCGGUCAAGCCGCUAAGAAGUGCAAGCAAUCCAUUUUCGCUCGGGUUCGCUCUCGUAUUUCGUCGUUCACUGGGGAAGACGUAUUCUACGUGCUUCCACAAGUUACGCUUAACCUUCCCACCCGGAAGAUUGAUUCCAACAGUCUGCAACUUCCGGAGGGCAUCGCACUCGCCGAUCCACUUUUCACGGAACCCGGUAGCGUGGAUGUGGUUAUCGGGGCAGGAUUGUUCUUCGACCUGCUCCUCAAGGAGAAAUUCAAGCUCGGAGAUGAUGGACCAGUCGUACAAAACACGAACCUCGGCUGGAUUGUAUGCGGAAACCUUCCUAUCGAGACAGAUGUGCUGAGACCGCACGUUGCCAAUCUGUGCACCGAAAGGCUGGAUGAUCUACUCACGCGAUUCUGGGAGCUGGAGUCGUGCAAAACGAACAGUGUGCUGUCAUUGGAAGAAUACGCCUGCGAGAAGCUCUUCGACCGUACAACGGUGCGGGAUGGAAGUGGGCGGUUCAUUGUAACACUUCCCAAGAAGGACUACUUGAUUCGUCAACUUGGGGAUUCGAAAUCCACGGCGAUGCGCCGUUUCUUGUCGCUGGAACGCCGGCUAGACCAGAAUCCACAACUCAAGCAAAUGUACAGCGAGUUCAUUCACGAAUACCUUCGCAUGGGCCACAUGGAGGAGGUUGUCGCGGACGAAGAAGAUGCUGCACUGCCGCAGUACUUCAUUCCGCAUCACUGCGUCAUCAAACCCGACAGCACAACUACGAAGCUACGGGUGGUGUUUGAUGCAUCGUGUGCUACGUCGACCGGAGUCUCCCUCAAUAAUGCGUUGAUGGUGGGGCCGACGGUUCAGGAUGAUAUCAUUUCGAUCGUCCUUCGCUUCCGAUUUCAUCGGAUUGCCAUCGUAGCGGACGCCGAAAAGAUGUACCGUAUGGUACUGCAACAGUGGACGGAUCGCAAACUGCACAAGAUCUUCUGGCGAGAUAGUCGGAACGAGGAAAUCCGAGUCUUCCAGUUGAACACCAUAACGUACGGGACGGCGUCAGCGCCGUAUUUGGCCACGAAAUGUCUUAAGCGACUCGCAGAACUGGAUGGACACAAGUACCCUGAAGCAGCAAAAAUCCUCAGCAAAGACUUUUACGUUGACGACAUGAUGACUGGAGUGGACAGUGUAGAAGAUGGAGUCAAGCUGUGCAGCGACAUGCAGCAGCUGCUGAAAGGCGGAGGAUUCAACCUGCGAAAGUGGAGUAGCAACAGUCCAGCUGUUUUGGAGGAAAUACCCGCGGAGCUCAAGGACGACCGCAGUUCGUUCGAGCUCGACGACUCAAGCGCUACCAUAAAAACCCUUGGUCUAGUCUGGGAGCCCAGGAUAGAUGUAUUCCGCUUCAAGGUUCCGGAAUGGACAUCUUCGGUGAUCUGCAAACUGACCGCUGCCUUGCGGACCGACCGACCGACCGUUCAUUUGGGCAUGCAUCUGUUGCAUGCAUGGUCGCCGGCGAAAGGUUCGAUUCCUCAUCGACGCAACGCCAACGGUGCCGCCCAGCAGCAGCAGACCCUGGGAUAG